UGGACAAUCAUGACAAGUGACGUAUGACGUAUGCCUUUGACAGACGGCGAAUUCCAAUUUUUAACAAACGUGAAAACUUAACCCUUUGAUCAGAAUUUUCAGAGCUUUAUGGCGAUGUUAGUGUGUAAAAUUUACCGAUUUUACAUACAGUAGUAUGGAUAUAGAACUUUCUUCUAAUCAUCUGGAUGGGCAUUUGCUAAAAUGGAUAUAAAUAACGUGUGGGACAUUGAGUUUUUAGACCUGAAUGGUAUGGAUGAAGCAGAAAAACUACAGCUAAGGACAUCAUUGCAGCUACUUGAUCCAUGUGUGCAAUUGCCUUGGGUAAGAGUCAGCAAGAAGACCACAGCAAACAGCUCGUUACCCAAAGAGGAACACUUCCAGCAGGGUACUGUCAUCCCAAAUGCAGCCCACCCCAGCCCACAAACAGCUGCACCUUUUGCAGUCAUACAGCCAACGGCCAUACCAUCACCCAUCUUGGGCAAUGUCUACUUGAACAGCGAACAUGCUGUACAACCAGUGGUCGUACCAGCAGCAGUCGUACCAGGGUACACGUCGCCGCCGAACCUGGUGUAUAUUACCUCGCCGGUACCGCCACCAACGGUCGGAGCUUACGCACAGCCGGUGAUCGUUACAGGGGCGCAGAAAAUUGUUCCACAAACAAAUAUCACUCUGGCGUACAAUCAACCUUCAGCUUACCAAGAACCCAUUCAGCAUGUGCACAAGCAACCUCAACAGGUUUAUAGUCCUCAAAAUGGCGUUGUACUAGUUGAAUCAAAUAGCACAGAACAUAUGCAGACAAGUGUACCUCACGUUAAAAGAGAAGCAGCUGAAGUACAGCCAAUUAAGGUAGAAGUUGAAACUCCACAGAGUGCUCCAGAACAAGCUUCUGCUGUGCAGAUUCAACCGGAAGUCUUUCAAAAUGGGAUGAAAACUGAAACUGUCAAUAGUCAACCAGCAGGCAAGUCAUGGGCCAGUUUGUUCAAUGACAAAGCAAAAAUGAAUGCUGCAAAUCAGAGUCCAGUGACAAGUCAGAGUGACAUAACUAUUAAUCAAUCUGUAAGGGAGACAUAUGAUAAGGAUGCAACAGAUUGUCCAUUUAAGCGACCCAGAACGGCAGAGUUUCUUGAUCCGGUCUGUUAUCGCAUUGCUGAAUUUUUGACAUCACAUGUUGUAGACGGAAAAGCGGUGAGCUUACAGCCAAGAGGUCUUCUGAACAAAAGCAACUAUUGUUAUGUAAAUUCCAUUUUGCAAGCUCUUAUUGCAUGUCCUCCAAUGUACAACAUGCUUAACAGCUUAGCGCAAAAUGUUAAGCUUAAUUCUAAAAGGAAACGCACUCCAUUUAUCGACGGGAUGUGCCGUUUCGUGAGAGAAUUUAAGCACUUGCCUGCCAAUCAAAGAGUGACUAGCCGUAGAUCAGAUGGAAAGAACACUAAGAAGGAUCAAGGGAUAAUGGUCAAUACUGAUGUGCCCUUCGAACCAUUGUGGAUCCAAAAAAUGUUGAAUGCUGGUAGACAGGAGGAUGCAGAAGAAUUUUUGGGAUUUUUAUUGAAUGGGCUCAACGACGAAAUGCUAGAGGUCAUGAAAUUGAUUAAAUCCGAAGAUAACCAAUCAAAAACAAUAAAAAUUAAUGAAGAUGACGUUGAUAAAGGAUGGCAGGUGAUGGGACCAAAAAACAAAGGUAGCGUCACCAGGCGUACAGACUUUGGAAGAACGCCAAUCAGUGAUAUAUUUGGUGGUUUCCUGCGAUCCAGAAUACAUAGAACUGGUGAUCUUAUCACUGAAAAUAUUCAGCCAUUCUUUACGCUACAGUUGAAUAUUGAGAAAGUAGCAACUGUUAGAGAAGCCCUGGAGGCGUUAGUCACUAAAAACCAAUUGGAAGGACUGACGUCACUUAAGACCAACGAGGAGGUGGAAGCAUGGCAACAAGUUGUGCUAGAUGAACUGCCUGUGAUACUUAUACUUCAUCUGAAGUGCUUUGACUAUAAGAUGCAUGAACGUACUGGAUGUACAAAGAUUGUCAAAGCACUUGAGUUUCCUAUUGACUUGAAGAUUGACUCUAAACUGCUGUCCUCAAAGAGCCUGACACCUAAAGAGAAGCAAUACAAACUGAUCGCUGUGGUGUAUCACGACGGCAAAGAGGCUACGGCCGGCCACUACGUGACGGACGCUUUCCACGUUGGCUACGGCUGUUGGUUGCGUUACGACGACGCCUCCGUCAGAUCGGUUUCUGAGGAGCAGGUACUCAGGCCCCAGGGGAUCAGAGUGCCAUAUCUGCUCUUCUACAGGCGCAGCGACACCAUCAGGAAGUGAGGUAGUACCCCGGUGGUGUGGAGACGGACACCUGGUGAUUGUGGAUCAGUUCAGGUCAAAUGGCAGCACCAGAUGCUGGAGAAGCUUACUCCUAGUGAAGACUUCGGGGUAACAUGUAAGUUGGAUCACUCGCUGGUAGAAUCGGUCAUUACCUACUUGGUGCAAUAAAUCUGCUAAGGCUAGGUAGAUGUGAAAAAUAAUAGAAGGUGAAUAUGCGGAUAAUCUCUUGAAAUCGUAUACGACACAGAGAUACAAGACCAGUUGGUAAGAGAAAUGCUCCCCAGAGAAACAUGCCUCCAAUCGACGUCAGACAACAGUACUUUUUUCCAGCUAAAGGGUCAAAUUUUUUAGAGAUAACAUUAAAGCAGAUAUUACACAGGGCGUAAAGAAUUAAUAGUAACAACACCAGAAGCUCUCGAACCCUUAAAACCCAUUACUGUAAGGUGAAUGAUACAUGUUCAUUACUUACUGUACUCGGUACCAUCUGCAUUUAUUGGUUGAUACGUUAGUGCCAGUGGAAUCUACGUAACCUUAUAUAUCAAUAAAUAUUGCCGAAUCACGGUGAAUACUGAACAUAACAUUCACCUCACAGCUUGUGUGUGUGAGAAGUAGGGCCGUAUGCUUCGUUCUUCAGCUUUCGUCUGCCGCGCGCAUGACGUCACUCACAGGACUCAGUCGUUUAGGAAGAUUGAAAAUCGUGCCCAAUUUCUCCGAAAUGCAUUUAUUUUCGAGGUUACAACAAAAGUUUAACACAGCAAGUGUUUACAUUGAUUUUAUAACCUAGAUAUUGAAAUUUACUUUGAUUUUUGGUAUUUUUAUCAGGAUGUAAAUACUACUUUGUUUUAUACUGUGAAAUUAGCUCUUUAACGCUUUUGACUUGAUCCUUUAUGAAUGUUGCGAAAUACAUAGGAGUUCAUUGAGAUAUUAGGAUAUACACAAAAACAACAAUACAGUUAAGUUUAUUCAUGCAGUUUAUAUAUGCAGACACAAAGAACCAUGGGUGUUCACAAAAAAUAUAGAAAACAUUGUAGAAAAAAUGGGUGUAUUUCAGUAUACAUAAUUUAUUUCAUAAUAACUAUAAAUCCUGUAUGCUUAACCCAAGAUUUUUUUUCCUUUUUUGUUCCACGGCUACUUUGAUGCUUAAAAGAUUUGUAAGUUCUUUGAUGUGAAAGAAACAGUAGUCAUCUUGAUUUUAUAUGGCAGUGAAUAUUACUAUACUUCGGCAGAUGCCACAGAUGAAAAUUGCUUAUGAGUAACUAUCCUAUCAUCAUUACCUUUAAGAAACACCUGUUAAGUUCUUCAGUUUGAGGCAUAAAAGUUAAAUAUGGAUUUGUUAAACGAUCCUCACUACAGGAACAUUUUAACCUGUCAUCUCUAGAACUUCUUUUUUUCACCAUUGCUUCAGUGUAACAACUGCUGGAAAUGGAAAACUCCACUUCAAACCAAACCUAUAUGCUCUAGGGUCAGCAGCAUCCAAAACAAUAUUUGACAUUUCACUAAUUGAUAGGUUAUUGUUUUUGGACUGUCCAUUUUUCUUAUUUGGUUUUCACUAAAUACUUCUUUAACCCCAGUAACAGAUUACUUAACAGAUCAUGUUUGUUUGAAUCUUAGGAAAAUAAUAUAUAAGAAAUUUAUGAAUACAUUAUAUCAAGUUUUCUAAAUUAUAUGAAAAUAAUAAUCACCCUAUUUCAGAUGUAGUAUUUGACUUCACCAACGCUUUCAUCACCAUAGUAUGAUCUGAGAAUUGGCCAGCAGAAUUAUCAUCCUUAUUUUUUAUUAUUUCAGGCUCAGGUACUUUUUUCACCCCUGUCAUGCAUAAAGAUAAAAUUAUACAUCCAAAUAAAAGUUUAAGAACCCACCUGACUUUGGUCAUGUCUUGCUUUUGUAAGCACCUUCCCAGUUUUCCCAGCACCAAAUGUCUAAGGUUCAUGUGGUGAAAGAGACGGAUAAAUUUUGUGUAGAAAUACCAACAUCUUUUAGUCCACGGUAAUUUUGGAUGUGAUGAUGUGAUGUGUGAUGUGAUCUUACAGUUUUAUAGCUUUCACAAAAAUGUUUCGAACAAAUUACAGCGUUUUUUAUGUUAACAUAUCUAUACCUGUGUAAAACUCAGAAAACCACCGAAAAGCCAACUAUAAGCAAGGUUAGGAGAACGCAAAUAAUUCUGUGAGUGACGUCAUAAUCCGACAGGCGCGCAAGAAUGACCGCAAACCAUGCGCAAUAGCCUUCUUCACUGUAUGUGAGUGUGAAGGAUAAAUGUAAUUCGUAAAUAUUUAACCCAUGCUAAAGUAUAUGCACUAACUAUUGCACCUAAGGGAUCAAGUAUUGUUGCGCCCAGUGAAUAAUCUAUACAUUAAAAUCUCGUUUCAUGUAGGCACCACUCACUUUGUAAACCGGGCAUAAUAGUGCAUGGAUUAUGAAUGCACUAUGAAUAUGCGGCUUUGAUGCUUGUACAAUUUUUAAAAAUUCGUCGAAAUAUUCAGUUUCGUUCAGUAUUUCUCAAAAAAAUUCAUUUGUAUCUCAAUAAAAGGAGCACAUCUUAAAACAUUUUAUAAGAACUUGAUAUUUAUUCUUGUUUUUUAUAGUACAUAAAUGAAAGAUUGCCGAGAUAAUCAGAGACAGCCUUGCAUGAUGAACUAAAGAUUUUAUCACAGUGAUACAAUCAAAGGAACCAACGACUUACCUGUAGGAAGUUUGUUCCAGAUUAUAUGAGCUAUACUCGUCCAAUUAGAUCACACACGUAGUAACACCAUUUAUGCUUUGUCGAGCACAUUUUUAAAGGUACCCCGUAUACAAACAAAAUACCUAUCUAUCUUGCGUUUCUUAUCGGCCCAGGCAUAUGAAUCAUUACACUGUUGAAGUCGAACUUCAAAAGAGUAAUUACCCGGGAAGGGUUCAGGGUGGGAAUCUAAUUGGACGAGUAUAGCUCAUAUAAUCUGGAACAAACUUCCUACAGGUAAGUCGUUGGUUCCUUUGAUUAUACUUCGCUAUACUCGUCCAAUUAGAUCACACACGUAGUUAUUGAAAGUAAUAAUUACUCUUUUGGAACUCUUGGUAUUGCAAAUAAAUAAUAAUCAAUGAUUUCACUGUAAUAGACCCACUUUUUAUUGCAAAACUUAUUUUAAUUCAAACCAUAUGUAUUCAAAUACUUUUAAUACUACUAACAUAACAUUCUUAUUAUAUAUAUAGGAAAAAAAAUGCCUUAAUGUAAGGCCUAUAUCCCUAACUAUAUACUAGCUUUUAUUCAUUAACAUAGACUCCAAAAAAUUUAAUUCACUUUGCAGAGGUCUGUUAUAGAACCUAGCAAAUACUUCUGACUUUUUCGUCCAACCAGCUAAAUUCUUAAUACUAUCAAUGUUCAUUCCCGCUCUAGCAGCCGCUGACGUUGUUGCAUGUCUGACACUAUGGCUUUUAAAUUGGUCAGUAUUUAUACCGCUGUUUUUCAUUACAUCUUUUAUCCAGCGACUUAUAGAUUGCGGAGAUGCUAUAUGAACAGGAUUCCGAUAGGUUAAAAUUAAAUAUUCUUCGUUUCCCCUAAUUGGUUGAGUUAUUUCCAAAUACCUAAUUAAUGUUUUUACAAUACAUAAAUCAGGACGUUCGAUAAAUAUAUCAAAUUUCAGCACUGGCUGUUGACGAUUAUAAUUUGAUGUUUUUAGCAUAUCGGUAAUAUAAAUAUCUAUACCGUUCUCCCUAUGUACUAUAUUUUUAACUUUAAUUUUAGAGAUAGUUUGUAUUCGAUGCCCAGAAGCCAACGUUAACAAAAUGACUAACUUUUCUAGUGACAAGGUUUCUAAUGGAUACCAUUUUUCAAUAUAAUCCAAUACUACUAUAGGAUCCCAGGUAAUAUUAUAUUUAGGAAAACUAGGUUUUUCCCGAAAGGCACCUUUCAAAAAACGCUUAAUUAAUUGCUCAUCUGUAGAUGAGAUAUUCAAAAUUAAAGAUAAGGCAGACUUAUGAGCAUUUAAUGUGGCAAAAGAAAUAUCUGUCUCAAAGAGAAGGCUUAAAAAGGAGAUAAUAUGACCAACACUUGCGACGUAUGGUCUCAGUCUAUUUUCCUUACAGUAAACCCACCAUUUACGGAGAGUACCACUAUAUUGCCUCAAUGUAGAUUCACUUAAUGAUUUAAUCAUUAAUGGUAUAGCUUCUUCAGGGACUUCUUUUUCUAUAAAAGAUCCCCGGAUAAUAUCGACGCCACUAGGGGUAUGUUCUUCCAAAAUGGAUGGCUGGUUCUAAAUGGAGAUAAAAGUAAGUUUUUAUUGGGUUUAAAAAUUAAGGGUUUUGUUGACGAAAGUCUUAGAAACAAAGAAAACCAUGAUUGAUUGUGCCAGUAGGGAACUACAAGUAUUCCUCUAGAUUUAUCUUUAAUUAGUUUAUUCAAAACCCGUCCAAUUAUGGGAAAAGGAGGAAACGCGUAAAAUUUCCAGGAUUUAUCCCACUUAAUUGUAAAUGCAUGAGAUGUUAAGGCUCCUGGAUCUUUCAACCAUGAAAUAUAUGUAUUACAUUUAGCAUUUAUCCUAGACGCAAACAAAUCGAUAUUAGGCUUACUAUUUUAGAAAAAUUCUUACUAUUUAACGAAUAUUCCAUCUCAAUAUUUAAAAUUCUCGAUUGUUCAUCAGCAAUUAUAUUAUCUUUGGAUGGUAUAUAUGAAGCAUAUAGCAUUAUUUCCCGUUUUUCGCACCAUAGCCAUAUUUGUCUACUUAUAUUACUCAAUUUCUCAAAUUGUAUGCCUCCCAUUUUAUUUAUAUAGGCUAUGGCCGUUUAUUGUCUACACGCAGAAGAAUGUUACAGUUUUUUGACUCUGAAGCAAAACACUGCAAUGCAUAAUGAAUAGCCAAAAGUUCGAGAAAAUUAAUGUGAUGUUUCAUAUCUUCUUGAUCCCAAAACCCAUGGGUAACUUCUGUAUUACAUGCAGCGUCUGUAUAAAUUUCGUAAGCAUAUUCUUUACUACCCAAAUCAUUAAAAGAUGUGUCUAUUGUCUGUUUCCACCACAAUAGUUCCCUACAAAUAAUCUUUGAUACUAUAAUUUUAGAAUUAUAACUUCUAAAUACUCUUUAAACUCAAAAAUUUUGCUCGUUCUAAUCUCUUAAUAUGCAACCAUCCGUAUUGUACAACCGGACAAGCUGAAACUAACAAUCCAAUAAUACUUGAUAACUCUCUUAUUUUACAUGUUCUCUUCCUAACAAAAGUAUUAAUUGCAUUUAAAAUUGCCUGUUUUUUAUGUUUGGGAAGAUAAAAUGUCAUGUUCUGACUAUUGUAAACAUAUCCUAAAUAUUCACAAACUUGACUCGGGUCAAUUUUUGAUUUUUUAAAGUUUAUUAAAAAACCCAAUUUUCUCAAAGUGGACAACACUAUAGCUAUACUCUUAUCUACUUCACUUUUAGUUUUUCCUAGCAGUAAAAUAUCAUCCAAGUAAAUUAUACCCAGGAUUCCGAGUUGCCUAAAAUAAUUAAAUAUUGGUUUUAAAAGCUUAGUAAAAACAUAGGGUGCCGUAGAUAAGCCCAUAGGCAAGAAAUUAAAUUCAAGCAGUUUUUCCGCAAAUUUAAAUCUAAGACAUUUCUUAUCUGUAUUAUUUAUUGGUAUCAUAUAAUAUGCAUCUUUUAAAUCGAUUGUAGCCAUGUAGAUAUUUCGAGAAAUUAAAUCUUUAACAGAUUUAUAAUUAUCCAAUUUGAAAUGAGGUGCUUUUAAGGACUUAUUGAGAUACUUUAGAUUUAAUAUAAAACGUUUUGUUUUGUUGGCUUUUGGUAUAAGAAAAUAGGGAGAUAAAAUUUGGGUCUCUACUGGUUGACAUUGACUGAUUACUCCCUUAUUCACUAAAUCCAAGAUGGCAGUGGAAUAGUGUCUUAUCUCAUCUUCCUGCAUUUUCUUUGGAAGAUAACUAUAUUGAAAAGGAUUUUUGAAAAAUGGCAUCUUAUAUCCCUUGACCCACGACAAAAUGGUCUUAUCCUGAGUAAAUUGCAGCCAAUUUGCCAUAUAAUGUUUUAUUCUGCCACCAUAUACACUGGUACCCACCUCUAUUUCUGGUAAUUGCGUCUCUGGUACACUUUGUCGUGGCCAUCCUUCCCUUGGGCCCGGUCUCUUCCUUGAGGGCGACCUUUCAUUCUUCCUUUGUGGAAGUGAGGCUGGUAGUUUAAAGAUACCGAAGGUCUCUGCAUGAGGUUACCUCUGAAGGACUUAUCAGGAAAAACGUUAUUUGAGGUAGAUGGCAGCUGUCUUGACGAAGAUGGAUGAGCAUUCUUCAUUUCUUUCCCCGUUCUCCAUUGGGCCUUAACCUCUUUGAAUUUAUCGGCAAAAUUUCUACCACACAAAAAUUCGUCAGGUUUACUUUCUCUGACGAUUUUCUUCACUGUAGAGUUUAAGUGCCCUUCUACGUGAUAUUUCCGGUUUGUGGACAUCAUGUGGAAAACGCCACACAAAAUUUUGCCACCGUCCACCACACUGGGUAACAUUUUGGAUUUAAAAACCAUCGAGGCUGCAUCCGGUGCUGCUACAUCUUCUUUCAACAUACCAUCAAUUACCCCUGCGAUGGCAGCCAGUGCUACGCCCACAUGCUUCUGAAUAGUAGAAACAUAUUUGUCCUCUUUUUUGACAGGAUCGCCUAAGGUUGCUUCCAAUUCCGGGUUCAACAAAGGGGCUCGUAAGUAAGGAAUAUUUUUGGGAAUCAGGUAUUUUUUGUCCAACUCCUCCUUGUCCGAUUUCUCUAAACCUAAUGUCACGUACUUGGUCCAUCGAUCAGCCAGAGAUUUGUGAACCUCGCUUCCUAAUACUGGCUCACUUCCCGACGGAAUUUCGCCCAGGAGUCUGAGAAUUUCCGGAUUUUCAUCUUGAGAUUGUUCUUCAACUACAGGAGGAGACCUCUCUGCCUCAUUGAUUAUGACUUCUGGCUCUAAAUGUGUAUACGUUUGUCCCGUACUAUAUACACUGCUUAUACUUCCUGAUGAAUCAGAAUCCGAGCUGGAUUCACCUAAAAAAUAUUAUACAGUCCUCACCUACUUGCGCAUGCAAUAUCCUUAACAUAUUCUGUAGAAUAUGUCCUGGGUUUAACGGUUUUACCCUAUUUAUAUGUUUUUCACGUUAUGUGAAAACUGCAAAAGGCUUUAACGGUUCUAGCCCAUUCUUAAUACAUUAGGUUUAACGAUUUUACCUAAAAACAACUUACUAGUGCUCUUACACCUAUCACCUCGCCGACUUUUCUUGUCAAUUUUCUCUAAACUCUUAAUUAGUUUUCGCCGUUUUCUCUCCAAUCUUGCAGCAUCACUACUUGUUUUUCGCUUCGGCAUUUCACGAAUUUCCACCAAAAUGUAAAUAAACCGGUCCGUACUCGACGAAGCACAACAGUGUAAUGAUUCAUAUGCCUGGGCCGAUAAGAAACGCAAGAUAGAUAGGUAUUUUGUUUGUAUACGGGGUACCUUUAAAAAUGUGCUCGACAAAGCAUAAAUGGUGUUACUACGUGUGUGAUCUAAUUGGACGAGUAUAGCGAAGUAUAAUUUAUAUUUUAUACCGUGAAUUUUGCUUGUUGCUUGUCCUGCUAUUGCGCGUAACUGAGUUUUGGGAUCUCUUGUUCAAAUUGUUCAAAAAUGUAUAUUCGGUACUACGAUCAGAUACUUUUGAAACUGGCAAGUGUGUAUUUGUAACUUUGUCGCUUAUGAAACUAGAAUGUGGUUAAGCAAGGAGUGUUUUCCAAUUUAUCUCAUCCAGCUCACGUUACUGGUUUUUUGAUAUUUUGAGAACAGCCAACAGAUUCCAAAAUCGAAAAUCUGUGAAGGAAACUGAUUAGGCCCAAGAUUGCCAGUGGCCUUAUUGAAUAUUUAACUUUGGAUUUUGGUGUCAGAAUGCUGUGCAUACGAUACAUAUGCAUGUAGAUGCAUGGCGUUGAAGUUACGUCCUUUUUUAAGCACAUUCUUUUGUCAAUAACAGCAAAUAUUGGGCAGGACAAGGUGGCUGUUUAUCCACUUGGAUGUUAGGCGAUUUCUCAACUCAUAAAAUGGUUUAUAAUUUUUUACACGAACAAUAAAUCUAUUUGGUGUAUCUUUUUGUACCCAAUUACACAAUUACAUUCAUCGAUAUACAACGGGGUAUUCCAAAAGCAGAAUAACAGAAAUUUUUACUUUUGAAAUGUAAAAGCAUUGUUUUUUUUUUGAAGUUUUUAUCUAGCGUUAUGCUGCUUCUUUUAGAAUACCGCUGGGAUGAAGUUUUGCUGCCUGAUUUAACAAACUAUGUGAUUUGUCUAAUACUGGAAGUUUUGUAAAUUUAUGUUAUAAGCAUUUGUUUUAUUAUCGAUACCUUAUUUAUUUUUAGCAUUUUUUUCUGUUUUAAAUCUGCGUUGUUCUUCCUAAUGAAUCAGUUUGGUUGGAUCAUCAUAAUUAUUGUAGUGAUGAAUUUCAGAACAAAUUCUGGAAGCUCGUAAUUUUCAACAUGAUAUACGAGUAUCAUGUCUGAGUCAUUUGAGCUUCCAUAUGAAUAAUCUAGUAUUUUAAUAAAACAGAUCUUUAUACAGAUUGGUGAAAUUUUUACUUGUAUAUAUAUAGCGAAACAUUAUUAACGUAUGUUAUGAAGUGGAGAAAAAUAAAG